AAGUUUUUUUUUUUUCUUUAAAUAAAAAAAAAAAAAAAACAACAAUUAAACAAUCACAGUUUAAUAUAAACGAACAUAGUAACAAAAACAAAAUGGAUAUUAAUAUCGGUAUAGAAUUUCGCGAUUACACAUUAUUGAAAAAUUUUAAAUAUGACGAUGAAAGGGUCUCCACUGUAACAUCCAGAGAACAGCAAAAGACGGAAAAUUCCAUAGAAAAAUGUUUUGAUCGUUAUCAGCAGCUGAAAUUUUUGGACCCGAAAAUAGCUAAAUUUCAUCGCGAGGAGCAUCAAAGAUUUUUGGAAUCAAUGCUACAUCGUUUACCUGGCAACUAUGAAUGCUUAGAUAGCAGUCGACCAUGGUGCAUUUAUUGGAUUUUACAAGCGGGCCAUGUAUUGAAUUUUACCUUCGCGCCUCAAACUUUAGACGCCGUAGUGCAAUUUUUGACUAAAUGUCGCCAUCCGGAAGGAGGCUUCGCCGGUGGUCCCGAUCAAUAUCCGCACUUGGCUCCUACGUACGCGGCGGUGAACAGUUUAGCAAUGAUUGGCACACCAAGUGCGUACAGAGCAAUUAAUCGCGAUUCUUUGGAGAGAUUUCUUUUUAAAGUACGAGAACCGGACGGCGCUUUUCGCAUGCAUGUAGAUGGCGAAAUUGAUAUUAGGGGAGCCUACUGUGCGGUGUCUGUAGCUAAGCUAACAAAUAUGCCUGAGCAGGCGUUAAAGAAAUUAUUUGAUAAGACUGGAGACUGGAUAGCUACCUGUCAGACGUAUGAGGGGGGUUUUAGUGGCACACCCGACUUGGAGGCUCACGGAGGUUACACAUUUUGCGGCAUAGCUGCUUUAGCAUUGCUCAACGAAGGUUACAAAUGCGAUCAACAGCAGCUACUGAAAUGGACAUUACAACGGCAAAUGUCGUAUGAAGGUGGCUUUCAAGGACGAACAAAUAAAUUAGUAGAUGGUUGCUACUCUUUUUGGGUAGGGGCGACGAUACCCAUAACACAAGCCAUUAUUUCCAACGAGAAUAAUCAUAAAUUAGUCAAAACUUUAUUCGAUGUCGGCGCUCUACAAGAAUACAUUUUAUUGUGUUGCCAAAAACCUAACGGCGGCUUGAUAGACAAGCCCGGAAAACCUCAAGACCUUUAUCACACUUGCUAUACUUUAACUGGUGUGGCCAUAGCCCAGCAUGCCGAAUCUGCUUUACAUCCAUCUGUGUUGGGUGAUCCUAUUAACGAAUUGCUGCCCACGCAUCCUCUAUUUAAUGUGCCCCCUCAGGCUGUAGCCCAAACCACCCAAUACUAUGAACAACUAAAUCAAUUAUAUGCUGCUAAUAUUAAAGGCAAUAAUAUUUCCUCCGAAAAUGUGUCAGACAAUGAAGACAAAGAAGAAGCCGAGGCCAUGACCAUAGAAGAUGAAACCAAUCCUUCCUCUGUUAGUUCAGAUAAUUCUUAGUAUUUCGAUUAUGUUUUUCUAAUUUCUUCCCUUUUAUUGCUCUCUCCUUCUGUGCCUAUUAUUGUUUUCCAUAUCUUUUCGUUAUUUCUAAAGGUAUAAAGUGAUGAUUUACUUACCUAUAUAUAAUUGACUGCAUACUUUUGAGCAGUUAAAAACGUUAACAAAUAUUGUUACAAAAGGAAAUGUGAAGAACUAACGGACUUGUAUUCCUGUUUAAAAAAAAAGAAAAGGGCCUUUUUCUAGAUUUAAUAAACUCGUUUUUUUUUU